GGAGCGGGCUGAGCCCGGGCUGGCCGCGGGAGGCGGGCGGCCGCCGCGGGUCUCUCCCAGCCCUGCCUCUCGGUCCUCCGCCCUCGGUAAAGCCCGUGCCGCGACGCUCGGGGGCCCGGCAGCGCGGAGAGGGGAGCGGUCAGCGCUUGGGCGCCCGACGCCGGCGGCCCCGGCACGGCUCGCUCCCCGGGCAGCGGCCCGCCCGCCGGUGGGAGGCAUCGCGCCGCCCGCCUGCCUCCUGCCCGCCGCUCCCACAAUGCACAGAGCGGCGGCAGCCCCGCCGCCCGCCAGGUAGCAACAUGGCGUGCCGCGCCCGGGCCGCCGCCUGAGCAUCCUCCCGCCGCCGGGCUGCCGCAGAGGAGCCGCCCGCCCGCGCCCUGCGCCAUGGCAGCCUCCGAGCUCUACACGAAGUAUGCCAGGGUUUGGAUCCCUGAUCCAGAGGAGGUCUGGAAGUCAGCAGAACUUGUCAAAGAUUAUAAACCUGGAGACAAAGUCCUCCAGCUUCGACUUGAAGAGGGCAAGGACCUAGAAUAUUGCCUAGAUCUGAAGACAAAGGAGCUCCCACCCUUGCGAAACCCUGACAUACUUGUUGGUGAAAAUGACCUCACAGCGCUUAGUUAUCUCCAUGAACCUGCCGUUCUACACAACCUCAAAGUUCGAUUUAUAGACUCUAAACUAAUCUACACCUAUUGUGGUAUCGUCUUAGUGGCCAUAAAUCCUUAUGAACAACUGCCUAUCUAUGGGGAAGAUAUCAUCAACGCGUACAGUGGCCAAAAUAUGGGGGAUAUGGAUCCACAUAUCUUUGCAGUGGCUGAAGAAGCGUAUAAGCAGAUGGCCAGAGAUGAGCGAAAUCAGUCAAUCAUUGUCAGUGGGGAAUCUGGAGCUGGAAAGACUGUCUCUGCUAAGUAUGCCAUGAGGUACUUUGCCACGGUUAGUGGAUCUGCCAGUGAAGCCAAUGUUGAGGAGAAAGUCUUGGCCUCCAACCCCAUCAUGGAGUCUAUUGGAAAUGCCAAAACUACACGGAAUGACAACAGCAGUCGCUUUGGGAAAUACAUUGAAAUUGGUUUUGAUAAGAGGUAUCGAAUCAUUGGUGCUAACAUGAGAACUUACCUCUUGGAAAAAUCAAGAGUGGUGUUUCAGGCAGAAGAGGAGAGAAAUUACCACAUCUUUUACCAACUAUGUGCCUCUGCAACAUUACCUGAGUUUAAAACUCUCCGAUUAGGGAAUGCAAAUUACUUUCACUAUACGAAGCAAGGUGGAAGCCCUGUUAUUGAUGGUGUCGAUGAUGCCAAGGAAAUGGUAAACACCAGACAGGCCUGCACUUUGUUAGGCAUUAGUGAUUCCUACCAGAUGGGAAUUUUUCGAAUCCUUGCUGGCAUCCUUCACUUGGGCAAUGUGGAGUUUACAUCUCGGGAUUCUGACAGCUGCACUAUUCCUCCCAAGCAUGAGCCCCUCACCAUCUUCUGCGACCUCAUGGGCGUGGAGUAUGAAGAGAUGUCCCACUGGCUUUGCCAUAGGAAGCUCGCGACUGCCACCGAGACCUACAUCAAGCCAAUUUCUAAACUUCAUGCCAUCAAUGCCAGAGAUGCACUUGCCAAACAUAUCUAUGCUAAUCUCUUUAACUGGAUUGUAGAUCAUGUGAACAAAGCCCUUCACGCUACUGUAAAACAGCAUUCUUUCAUUGGAGUGUUGGACAUUUAUGGAUUUGAGACAUUCGAAAUCAACAGCUUUGAACAGUUCUGUAUCAACUAUGCCAACGAAAAACUGCAGCAGCAGUUCAAUAUGCAUGUCUUUAAGCUGGAACAAGAAGAAUAUAUGAAGGAACAAAUACCAUGGACCUUGAUUGAUUUCUAUGACAAUCAGCCUUGCAUCAACCUCAUAGAGGCCAAAAUGGGAAUUCUGGAUCUGUUGGACGAGGAGUGCAAGAUGCCAAAAGGCUCGGAUGACACUUGGGCUCAAAAACUAUACAAUACUCAUUUGAAUAAGUGUGCCCUCUUUGAAAAACCGCGUUUGUCAAAUAAGGCUUUUAUUAUCAAGCACUUUGCUGACAAGGUGGAAUAUCAAUGCGAAGGCUUUUUGGAAAAGAAUAAAGACACAGUUUAUGAAGAACAAAUUAAAGUCCUAAAAUCAAGUAAGUUUAAGCUGCUACCAGAGCUAUUCCAGGAUGAGGAGAAGGUCCUCAGUCCCACAUCAGCAACCCCUUCAGGGCGCGUGCCUUUGUCUCGAACAGCUGUAAAGCCAGCCAAGGCCAGGCCAGGCCAAGCCAGCAAGGAGCAUAAGAAAACUGUGGGACAUCAGUUUCGAAACUCUCUUCAUCUGCUGAUGGAAACCCUGAAUGCUACAACUCCACACUACGUGCGCUGUAUUAAGCCUAACGACUUCAAGUUCCCAUUCACAUUUGAUGAAAAGCGGGCAGUGCAGCAGCUGAGAGCUUGUGGUGUGCUGGAGACCAUCCGAAUCAGUGCAGCUGGCUUCCCCUCCAGGUGGACAUACCAAGAGUUCUUCAGCCGUUACCGUGUUCUGAUGAAGCAGAGAGAUGUCCUUAGUGACCGAAAGCAGACAUGUAAAAAUGUCCUGGAGAAGCUGAUUCUGGACAAGGAUAAGUACCAGUUUGGUAAGACAAAAAUAUUUUUCCGGGCUGGUCAAGUAGCCUAUCUGGAAAAAAUAAGGGCAGAUAAGUUGAGAGCUGCCUGUAUCCGCAUCCAAAAGACGAUCCGAGGCUGGCUGAUGCGAAAGAAGUACGUGCGUAUGCGGAAGGCUGCCAUCACCAUUCAGAGACAUGUCAGAGGGUACCAAGCACGAUGCUAUGCCAAAUUCCUGCGAAGAACACGGGCUGCCAUCACUAUUCAGAAGUUCCAGCGCAUGUAUGUGGUCCGCAAAAGAUAUCAAUGCAUGCGAGCUGCUACUAUUGCUCUCCAAGCUCUCUUAAGAGGUUACAUGGCCAGGAACAAGUACCAAAUGAUGCUUCGGGAGCACAAGUCUAUUAUUAUUCAGAAACAUGUAAGAGGCUGGCUGGCUCGAGUGCGAUACCGUAGGACCUUGAAGGCAAUUGUUUACUUGCAAUGCUGCUACCGGCGCAUGAUGGCCAAGAGGGAGCUAAAGAAACUGAAGAUAGAGGCCCGGUCUGUAGAACGCUACAAGAAGCUUCAUAUUGGCUUGGAGAAUAAGAUCAUGCAGCUACAGCGAAAAAUUGAUGAGCAGAACAAAGAGUACAAAUCUCUGCUGGAGAAGAUGAGCAACCUGGAGAUCACAUACAGUACAGAGACAGAGAAGCUGCGGAGUGAUGUGGAAAGGCUUCGGAUGAGCGAGGAGGAGGCUAAGAACGCAACCAACCGUGUCCUCAGCCUUCAGGAGGAGAUUGCCAAGCUCCGGAAGGAGCUGCUCCAAACUCAGUCUGAGAAGAAGACCAUUGAGGAAUGGGCAGACAAAUACAAACAUGAAACCGAACAGCUGGUGUCAGAGCUGAAAGAGCAGAACACGUUACUAAAAACAGAAAAGGAGGAUCUGAACCGCCGCAUCCAUGACCAGGCAAAGGAAAUAACAGAGACAAUGGAAAAGAAGCUAGUGGAGGAAACGAAACAGCUAGAGCUAGAUCUGAAUGAUGAACGGUUACGGUACCAGAACCUGCUGAAUGAGUUCAGCCGUUUAGAGGAGCGGUAUGAUGAUCUCAAGGAUGAAAUGAACUUAAUGGUGAACAUCCCCAAGCCUGGACACAAAAGAACGGAUUCAACUCACAGUAGCAAUGAAUCUGAAUAUACUUUUAGCUCUGAGAUCACAGAAGCAGAAGACUUACCAGUGAGGAUGGAGCAGGAACCAAGUGAGAAAAAGGCACCAUUGGAUAUGUCUCUGUUCCUCAAGCUGCAGAAACGGGUUACAGAGCUGGAGCAAGAAAAGCAAUCCCUGCAGGAUGAACUGGACCGAAAGGAAGAACAGGCUCUCCGUGCUAAAGCUAAGGAGGAGGAAAGACCUCCAAUAAGAGGUGCAGAGUUGGAGUAUGAGUCGCUCAAGCGUCAAGAACUUGAAUCUGAGAAUAAAAAACUGAAGAACGAGUUGAAUGAGCUGCAGAAGGCCCUCACAGAGACGCGAUCUCCAGAGGUAACUGCUCCGGGUGCCCCUGCUUAUAGAGUCCUCCUGGAUCAGCUGACUUCAGUAAGUGAAGAGCUUGAAGUACGCAAGGAGGAAGUCCUCAUCCUCAGGUCUCAGCUUGUUAGCCAGAAAGAGGCUAUCCAACCUAAGAAUACCAUGACAGAUUCUACAAUCCUCUUGGAGGAUGUACAAAAGAUGAAAGACAAAGGAGAAAUAGCACAGGCUUAUAUUGGACUGAAGGAAACAAACAGGCAAUCUCCCCAGGACUGUCAUAUGAUGAAUGAGGACGGAGAACUUUGGCUGGUUUAUGAAGGGUUAAAACAAGCCAACAGGCUGCUGGAGUCUCAGCUUCAGUCGCAGAAGAAGAGCCACGAGAAUGAACUGGAAUCACUGCGAGGUGAGAUCCAAAGUCUGAAGGAGGAAAACAAUCGCCAGCAGCAGCUCCUAGCACAGAAUCUGCAGCUCCCUCCGGAGGCCCGCAUCGAAGCCAGUCUACAGCAUGAGAUCACCCGGCUGACUAAUGAGAACUUGUUUUAUGAGGAAUUGUAUGCAGAUGAUCCCAAGAAGUAUCAAUCGUACCGGAUUUCACUUUACAAACGGAUGAUUGAUUUAAUGGAGCAGCUUGAAAAGCAAGACAAAACUGUUCGCAAGUUAAAGAAACAGUUGAAAGUGUUUGCUAAGAAGAUCGGCGAACUUGAAGUGGGCCAGAUGGAGAACAUAUCACCUGGACAAAUCAUUGACGAACCUAUUCGUCCAGUUAACAUUCCACGGAAAGAAAAGGACUUCCAAGGGAUGUUAGAAUAUAAGAAGGAGGAUGAACAAAAACUUGUCAAGAAUCUUAUUUUAGAGCUGAAACCACGUGGGGUAGCCGUCAACCUGAUUCCAGGACUACCAGCGUAUAUUUUGUUCAUGUGUGUACGCCAUGCAGAUUACCUUAAUGAUGACCAAAAAGUGCGGUCACUGUUGACUUCCACUAUCAAUGGCAUCAAAAAAGUGUUGAAGAAAAGAGGUGAUGACUUCGAAACAGUGUCCUUCUGGCUGUCUAACACGUGCCGAUUUUUGCACUGUUUGAAGCAAUAUAGUGGAGAAGAGGGAUUUAUGAAGCAUAAUACACCUCGUCAAAAUGAACACUGCCUCACUAAUUUUGAUUUAGCUGAAUACAGACAAGUACUGAGUGACUUGGCUAUUCAGAUCUACCAACAACUUGUCCGAGUGUUGGAAAACAUUCUGCAACCAAUGAUUGUUUCAGGAAUGCUGGAGCAUGAGACUAUCCAAGGUGUCUCAGGGGUGAAACCAACAGGGCUGCGGAAGAGAACAUCUAGCAUUGCCGAUGAAGGAACCUACACUUUGGACUCCAUUAUUCGGCAGCUGAACUCCUUCCAUUCCGUGAUGUGUCAGCAUGGAAUGGAUCCAGAGCUGAUCAAACAGGUUGUCAAGCAGAUGUUCUACAUCGUUGGGGCCGUAACGCUUAAUAAUCUUCUACUGCGCAAGGACAUGUGCUCAUGGAGUAAAGGAAUGCAGAUAAGAUACAACGUGAGUCAACUGGAAGAAUGGCUACGUGAUAAAAAUUUGAUGAAUAGUGGGGCUAAAGAAACACUGGAACCCCUCAUCCAGGCUGCACAGUUGUUGCAAGUAAAAAAGAAAACGGAUGAAGAUGCAGAAGCCAUUUGUUCAAUGUGCAAUGCACUGACUACUGCCCAGAUUGUGAAAGUUCUGAAUUUGUAUACUCCAGUUAAUGAGUUUGAAGAGAGAGUCUUGGUAUCAUUUAUACGUACAAUACAGAUGCGUCUGCGAGACAGGAAGGACUCUCCUCAGUUGCUCAUGGAUGCUAAACACAUCUUUCCCGUUACUUUUCCAUUUAAUCCAUCCUCUCUGGCAUUAGAAACCAUUCAGAUCCCAGCCAGCUUGGGCCUGGGCUUCAUAUCGCGCGUCUGAUCCCAAGGAUGUACCGUCAGUGUUAGAUGGAGAAUCCGUUGCCUGAUAUCUUUACCCGUUAAAACAUAGCGAGCCACUGAAAACACAUUUUCUGAACAAACAGUCUAUGUAUGCCCAGAUCUGUAGUAAAAGUAGCUGUAAAACAACCUAACAGCACCACAGAUUGAAGGCUAAUAGAAAGAUAUGUGUUCGUGUUCAGUCAUUGCAUUUAUGAGGACAUCACUGAUUCAUACAUUUCCAGAAUAUGGAAAUUGGGCUUGGACAAAAAUUGUGUCUUCAGCUGUCUAGAGACAUUUUUAGAUCUUUAGUAACAUAUUUAAAUAGUGUAAAUUAAACUCCAUAUGUAAUCUUCUCAUAGGCAGGGACCAACAGGGACAGUCACAGUCCUGAACAUGGAAGACUUGAAAGUAAGGCGUUUUGUAGUAGAAUACACAGUCACUUGGGAGCCUGUUACAUUUAAUUUGUAAAAACUGGAAUGGAGAAACACAAACUGGCAAUAUAUAAAAUGAUUUCUUAAACCACUUCCUUAUUUAUGUCAGUUUGACAUAAAUUCUAGUGUUAAGACAUAUAGCUCACUAUGUGCUAUAACUUAAAUGUUCAUUUGUUAGUACUGUGGUUUACCAAGCAUACUAAAUCGCUGCUGCAUAUUGUGUUCUUUUACGUGUAUGACAGUAUCACACUAGGCACUAAAAAUAAGAUAGUUCAUUUUUUUGUUGUCAACCUUAUUUACAGUCCGAUGCAGCCUGUUAUUUUAACUGGAUUUUUGCAAAUGGUAUGAAAUAACACCUGUAGAGGAAAAUGGUAACUAAGCACAAGUAGCACACUGGAAAUUACAUGUUUAGUUAUUUUUAAAAGUAGUUAGCUAAAAAUACAGAAUCUUGAAGCAAAUGAUCAGAACUCAAUAAUGAUUUUAGUAUUUAUUUAGAUUUUGUAGUCUGUCUAAUGUUGUUCUUUGUUGGUAGACCCCACAGAUGACAGUGUGUAUUUGGACUAUAAUCUCCUUUGGUUUGUUGCCACUUAAAAAAGAAAAAAAAAGCAUUUUUUCAUACUGGAAUUUGAGAGGAAAAUCUUAAUAGAAAAUUUCUGCAGUAGCCCAAGGCUCUCAUUCUUUGAAAGGCUGACUAAGAACAACGUUAAGUAGGUUUUGACUAUAAUGCUGUCAUUUGACUAUGAUUCAUGCUGAUUUAAUCACUGGCAAUCCAGAGUGCAUAAUGAGAAACUGAGUUAUUUUGGAUGUUGCACAUCUUACUAGAAAGAUUUUUCUGUCUCACACAUCUUGGAUCUGCUAUAUAGAAUUCACAUUUCACAAUGUGCAACGUGAGCGCAGAAGCCUUCCUUAAGGUUCCAGUUCUGAACUUUAAAACAGGUAGUUUGUGGUGUAUGGCUCAAAUAUACAUGUAAAAAAAAGCCACACACAUUGCUCAAUUGCAUUGUGCAAUAUUUUUAUGUAUUAUAAUAAUUAGCAACUUAGCAUUAACAUUGAUUUCUUUUAAAAUAUCAAGAAAUAAUCUAGAGGUACACUAUUAGACUAUUUGGUACCAAUCUGUUUGCCUGCAAACUCAGAGAAAAAAAUUCACUGUUAAGCAGAUUGAAACAUUUCGGUUAUGUGUUACUUGAGAGGUAGACAUGCUCUUUGUAUGGUUGCUAAAAUCGUUAGUAAAGACAACCUAAACUUUGCUGGUAUCACUUUAAGAUGCUCAUGCCAUCUUAUUUUCAAAUGCAUAUGCCCCAUAUUAUGUUUGAUGGAUCAUGCGAGUACUUCCAAGAACCUAAUACUGCAUUGCAUAAAUGUUUUGAAUGACCUUUGCUGAAUCAUUUAGAUUUAGAUGGGUUUCCUGUGCAUGGUAUACCAAACACUCUUUUUUCAAAUGUUACUUGAUUUCUGAAACUAGGGCUACUGUUAAGUGGCUCCAAAUAAGGUAUAAUGUAGUUUUCAGACUGUUCGGGGUACUGUACUUGUGAGAAUGUAAUGGGAAAGCCUUCACAUCCAGUAACAAGGUUAGAAAAGAAAAUACUUGAGAACAUGCUGACCUGAAAAUUUUUUCUCCUAUUGAAAAACAAACAAUUGCCAUUACAGUAUGUUCAUACUGUAGAUCAGGAAAUGUAUCCACUACUUAAGCAUUAGUGUAUUAAAAUGUAUGCCUAAAUGUAUUUUUGUUUAUUUUUUAAGUUUGUUUACCUGUAAAAAGCCUUAUUGUAUCUUGUUUCCUUAAAAAAAGUAGUGGUUAGUAAUUUAUAGGUAUUAUCCUUAAACUCAGUGGUUUGACUGGUAUUACUUUUAUAUCACAUUAAAAGUAUAUGCUGCUUGACAUGUUUUAAAGGAAAAUAUUUUUAAGUUGGAAUAGAUGUGUAAUUGGUAAUUCAUCUAACAUUUUACAUGGCAGUAUUUUACAUGCACUUUUCAGAAGUAAAAUUUUAGUGUCAGUGUAUGAUAUAUCUUUCACCUUAGGACUAAUAUCUCUUUAACCAUGGAAUAUAAUGCAGAAUUAUUUUAACAACUUUGUUUUUUCCUUUGAAUCAUUGUUAUGCUCUUUUAAUGUGGACAUAUCUUUUAUAUUUUAAUUUAUUAUCUAUUGCUAUGAUAGAUUUUAUCGGAUGCUGGAAAAAUACUUGGCAAUGACCCCUUAGAAUUAUACACAGUUAUUCUAGAGAUUUUGCACAAUAAUUACCUCAUUCAGUUUGGUGUAUUUUUAUUCCAGUGAUCAUUUUAUUCUGAUGUUUAGGACACAGUCUUCUAUCCAAAUUUUGAAAAAUAACUUCUCAGACUUCAGUCUGGGAUGGAAUGUGAAAGUGCUUAAGUCUGUAAAAUGCGAUAAAUCUAUUCUGUCUAUCACAGGAAAAAAAUAGGAUCAACUUCAAUGUUGAAAAGUGGAUUGUUAUCCAGUAACAUUUGUUCCCAACUUGGAAACACCAGCAUUUGCAGUUUGAAGGUCUGUGUAAUUUGUGAUUUAAACUGAACACAUUUCAAAUACCGUACAAAAACUAUGAGUAAACACUUGUUUUUUUAAGAUGCUGAUACUUCAUGUGAAAAAUAAAAGCCUUUAAACACAGGUUUUCACUCGAUGCCACUACAGUACGUAGAUGAAAACCAAAACAUUGUCAGAAUGACCUGAGCUCUGAUCUGUUGUAGUGUCUGAUGUUGUACUUAGUAAAUGUAUGCAUCAUAAAAACUGUAGCCUAAUAGCUAUCACUGGAAAAUGUUCAAAUAAAAAUACAACUGUAAGAUUU